GGGAGCCUGUACCAACUUCAUAACUUCAUGACGUCCAUCCAUCCCCAUCCUCUCCUGAUUUCCGUGCCAUUUCGAUUAACUAUCCCACUGGCAGCUUCCUGCAAUGGCGACAGAGCGCUCCUUAGGCGCGCUUCUGCGAUCCCUCCAGUCUCCGUCCGACCUUCACAAUGCCUUCAACUUGCUUCCAACAGCAACGAGCCUUCUAUCAGUGCUCAGUAACCCAUUGAAUAUCACUUUACUUGCCUCGCAGUUACUGGUAUCUCCAGCAAUAUGGGACCACCACCCCGUUGACCUACACGCAUGUCGCAGGAUCCUCAGCGUCUUCAACACAGCGGCGAUGGCAAUCCUGCAGAGUGAAGCAUCCGAAGACCCACGAAUACCCUACGGGAGGCCGAGGAAGUUGGACCGCGAGCAAUGGGUGAAGGCGGUUGUUAGUGGAGCCGAUGGGAAGUCGCCGCGGUGGAGACACCUCCUUCUUAUCGGAGGAAUUCUGCUGGGAUUUGAAGGUCAGGAUAGACAGGGUUUACCGUGGAGUGUUCGGAAGAAACUGGAGUCUGCUUUGGUGACUGCUACGCAAUUUUCCCUGGAGGAACUAGACCUGCAGGAUGAGACUGAUGGUCGUUGCAUUACUAUGGUCUUAAACUAUUCGUUUCAACUCUUGUCCGACCAGGAGAGGAGUAGGAUAGACUAUGAUCGCUUGCUGCCGGUGCUGAUCAGGGCGGCAUACCUGUCUCCGGAGGGCCUUGAAGGCGGCUAUUUCUUAGGCACUGUUGAUACGGAUAUUGUCCAGACAGCCGGAAAGCGAUUUGCAUGGCCCCCGCAAUCUCCAACUUUUCAAAAAGUAACGGGGAUUUCUUCUUCGCCUCUUGUUUCCGGCCUUGGUCCACUUUCCAGGCUUAUUGCACAUGCGAUUGAAAAUGUUCGCGAGCCAGCGCUUGUCACGCAGACCGUCGACCAAAUUGCGGAUUUCGUCCGAACCUUGAUGGUGCAGUGGAGACAAAACAAGCUAUCGGAGGUUGAUCAGGCCGAAGAAGCUGAGUUCUUGGAUCCUGAGUCGCUUGAGAAUACGAUUCCCAGCCUAUGGAAACUGCUCCGGAAUUGUUUGUAUUCGGUUGUGAUUGUUCUUCGGGCGGUCCUGGGGCGGGUGAUCAAUGACCGUGUCCUGGCCGCUGACAACAGUGCACCAUAUCUCUCAAUGCAGGCGCUUCACAUCCUCCGCAACUUAUACUUCAUUUCUUCUCGUAUUGGCCCGAACUCAUCCUCGCAGCACACAUUCGUGGCACUAGCGGCUGUGGAUAUCCUGACACAGUAUCCCGACUUGACAGAGAAUUUCCUGACGAGUAUCAAACCACAUGAACUCGGCCACAUCCCAGAACAUCCCGUUGAGAGAUGUCUCGAUCUGUUCUUCUUGAAUACCUCCGAACACUUCACUCCUGUUCUUUCGCCUAAAUGUGCCGAAGAUCUUCUCAUCCAGGCCGCUCUGCCCUACCUUCCGGCCGGAGGAAACAACCACCUCCUCGAGAUCUUCGAAGCUGCUCACAGCGUAGUUCUCGCUGUCUGCGCAAUCGCCAAUAACGCAGAUGUAGCAGCCAAACAUCUUCCUUUCUACAUCGACAAUCUUUUUGCUGUCUUCCCUACCAAUCUAUCCGCUCGCCAAUUCCGCCUCGCAUUUAAAACCGUCCUCCAAGUCACCACACCUCCAUCCCCAAUUGCAAACCGGCAGCCCCUUUUACCAUCUAUCCUCCUCGAAGUCCUCUACGACCGAGCCCUCCAUGCAUCCGAUACUGCCCUUCCACCCUCUGCGCAAGGCACUACCGGCCCGGACAUGGGGAAGACCAUCCCACUCUCCGAACAAGCUGUACUUACACUCGCUCUCAUCGACAGUCUUUCUUUCCUCCGCGUAGAGGAACUAGACGAGUGGCUUCCUCUCGCCGCUAAUCUGAUCAAUGUUAUUUCUGCACCUGAAAUGCGCAAGGCCUGCGUUGAACGGUUUUGGGAUGCGCUGAGUAACGGUGAGAUGGACGUACAGCGCGCGCAUUACUGUGUUACCUGGUGGAGCACUAAGGGUGGUCGGGAACUUGUUCUGUUUGGAGGCGAGAAUGCGCAGGUUGAGGACCAGGCGCAGGGAGCCUUUAUGAGCGGUGCGGUUGGGGGAGCUGCGCCCGAGAGUAAACUUUAGUUUUUUUUUUUAGUUUUUCUUUUGGUAAUUUGGUGGAGGGGUGUUACUUUUCAUGGCUAUGGCGUUUUAGUUGAGCAGUAUUCGAUACCACUGAGCGAUGUUGGGGGCGUGCAACACUAUUUAGGGCGUGGACAUCCCUAAGCAGUUAUGUUGCAUAGAUUAAUCUAUCUUGGAUAUUUACCGACCGAACUAACUACAAUGAAAGGGUUCCAU